AUGUAUAUAUUUUCGAAUAUAAUCAUAAGUUUUUUAGGAUAUAUAGCAAUUUCUUCGAUACUUACAGAUGCAUUUCGUAAUAAUGCAGAAGAAUGUUGUCAAACAGGUCGAAUUCAAGCUGAAAGUACAAAAACAUGUACUACGACAUUACAGUCAUUGAUAACAGAAAAUAAUACAACUCUAUCAGCAAAUUGUCGAUUUUUAGCACAUAUAUGUUGUUUAUCAAAUUUACGACAUUAUUUUUGUGAAGAAGGUUUAAAAACAGCUUUACGAUUAAUACCAUGUAAUGAUACAAAACUUGAAUCAAAAGAUACUUAUCAGAUAUGUUGUAAAUGUUGCGAAUUAGGUGUUCGAGCAGGUAGAGAGCAUGAAGAUUGUGAACCGGUGACUGUACUUGAUGAAAGAUGUGGUGAACAAUUUACAAAUUGUUGCAAAAAAGCAAAAUCAUUGAAUUGUGAUAGUGGUUUUGAAAUGGGAGAUAGUGGACGUUGUCAUGACAUUAAUGAAUGUCUUUCAAGUCCAUGUGCUAAUACAAUGAAAUGCGAAAAUACACCAGGUUCCUAUCGAUGUGUCGAAGGUUGUGAUCCGGGUUAUAUAUGGUCGCUUAAACAAGGAGAAUGUCGAGAUAUUGAUGAAUGUGCUCUAAGUAGACAUAAUUGUUCAUAUGGACAUCGAUGUGAAAAUAUGCCUGGAUCAUACAGAUGUAUCCGCGAGAGAAAUUGUGGUACAGGUUAUCAAGUAGAUCCGAUAACACAAACAUGCAUUGAUAUUGAUGAAUGUGAACAAGAUAUUGACGAACCUGGGUAUUUAUGUAAAAAUUUACCUGGAACAUACAAAUGUGCACCACAAAAUUGUACAUUUGGUGAAAAAUUCAAUGCAUUUUUUGGUCGUUGUGAAAAAAUUCAAUGUCAACCAGGUUACAAUGUAACUGCAUUAAGUAAAUGUGUAGAUAUAAAUGAAUGUGCACAAAAACCAAGUCCAUGUAAAAUGGGAGAACGAUGUGAUAAUACACCAGGUUCAUAUAAAUGUGUACAAACAUUUGCUUGUGCAAAUGGAUUGGAAAUGCAAGAUCUUCAAUGUUUAGAUAUUGAUGAAUGUGAACUUGGAAAUCAUACUUGUCUUCCGCCGGCAACAUGUAAAAAUACAUAUGGAUCAUUUUAUUGUCAAUGUCCACCUGGUUUUAUAUUUAAAUAUGGUGCCUGUGUUGAUGAUGAUGAAUGUGGACGAGGAAAUUCAAUCUGUCCAACGAAUUCAUUCUGUCGUAAUACUCCUGGAUCGUAUGCUUGUGAUUGUAUUGGCGGUUAUAAAAUGUUAGCUGAACGUGCAUUUUGUGAAGAUAUUGAUGAAUGUCAAAUAUCACCGGAUACAUGUGAACAAAAAUGUAUCAAUGUUCAAGGAUCAUAUUAUUGUUUAUGUAAAGAAGGUUAUCGAUUAAAUGGUGAUAAACGAACAUGUCGAGAUCUUGAUGAAUGUUCAAUGAUUGCUAAUUUAUGUCAAUAUCAUUGUGUAAAUACACCAGGUUCUUACAAAUGUAUAUGUCCAUCAGGUUUUUCACUUGAACGAGGUCGUCAAUGUCAAGAUAUUGAUGAAUGUCAACUUAAUACCCAUCAUUGUCGCGCAGAAGAUGUUUGUGUCAAUCUUCGUGGUUCAUAUCGUUGUUAUUUUGUUGACUGUCCUAAAGGCUAUGACAAACUUGGAAAUAGUCGAUGUCAAUUAAGUGCACGUUGGUGUAAUGAAAAUCAAAAUGAUACAAAUCUACGUUGUACAAUUAGUAAACCAGUUAAAAUUGUUUAUUCAUUCGUUGCAUUACCUGCUAAAAUACGUGUUCCAACAGAAAUCUUUCGUAUACGUAAUAGUCAAUUAACAGCAAAUCAACAUGCUGAAUUUGAUUUACGUUUAAUCAAUGCACGUGAUCCAUAUACAAAUCAAACUCAAACAACAUUUGAACAUUUUCAAUUAAAACGUUUUCCACCUCAUAAUGCACAUUUAAGUGUUAUUAAAGAAUUAAAUGCAUUACAAGAAAUUGAAUUAAAUAUUGAAAUGAAAAUUUAUACAAAUAAUCUAUUAAAUUCAAUUUCAAUUAUGAAAAUAUUGAUUUAUGUUAGUCAAUAUGACUUUUAUCCUUAA